AAUCUCAACGACAAACAGUAAUCGCAUUCAGACCCUAAUCUGAAAGAUUAGCAAUUUUCAUUCGGAAAGGGGAACCUAUCUGUAUAUACAUUCAUAUAUUAAUGUUUGCACACGCUCAUAAGUCGCAACACAAUAAAUUGAGCAAAAAGACAUCCCAUUUCCACAGCCUUCUAUAGAUUUCCCACAAAAACAGGCUCUGAAAAAAAGAGGAGAAAUGUCAAGCAGCGAAGAGAAUAUGGAGAUGGAGGAUUCGAAUGGGGAUUCAUUUGGGAAGGUCAAACAAAGGUUCAAGGAUCGAUCCAGGAAAGUGGCUCAAACCAAGGAAAUUUUGUCGAAACAAGCAGUUCAGACCAAACAGAUCUUGUCCAAACAAGCGGUUAAGAUCGCCAAACAGGCUGAAGAACAUGAAAGAUUCAUCAAUAAGGUGACAUAUUUUUUGGGUGUUCUUGGUUUUGGGGCAUUUUGCUUUAUUUUAGGUGCAAGGCCGCAGGAUAUUCCGUAUGUAUAUUGUGUAUUCUAUGUAAUUUUCGUUCCUCUCCGGUGGAUUUAUUAUCGAUACAAAAAAUGGCACUACUAUCUUUUGGAUUUUUGCUACUAUGCCAACACAAUCUUCAUAAUCAUGCUUCUGUUUUAUCCAAGAAAUGAGAAGCUUUUCAUGGUUUGCUUCUCAUUGGCAGAGGGGCCAUUGGCGUGGGCACUAAUAGUUUGGAGAUGUAGUUUAGUUUUUAAUUCUAUGGACAAAAUCGUAAGUGUCUUCAUACACCUGUUGCCUGGACUGGUUUAUUUCACGAUUAGAUGGUGGGACCCUGUGUUUUUGGAAGCCAUGCAUCCCGAAGGAACUACACAGAGAGCUUCAUGGCCUUAUGUAGAGAGCAAAUCUUAUCUCUGGACGUGGCUGUUUUUUGUUCCUUUAUUUGCUUACAGCAUUUGGCAGGUUCUUUAUUUUCUUAUUGUAGAUGUCCUGCGUCGACAAAGGCUACUUAGAGAUCCCGAAGUCAUGACUUCUUACAGGGAAUUGUCAAAGAAGGCACAGAAAGCAAAUAACAUAUGGUGGCGUUUAAGUGGCUUGCUUGGGGAUCAAAAUCGCUUGUUUAUGUAUAUCAUGCUCCAAGCUAUAUUCACAGUGGCAACUAUGGCACUUACAGUACCCAUAUUCUUGUCUUACAAAUUGCAUGUCGUUUUCCAAAUACUCAAAGUUUCUGCAUCUGUGUGGAAUGGAGGAAACUUCCUACUCGAAGUAAUGCCACGGCAAGUCAUUCUCAAGGAAAAGAAGAAAACGAAGAUGCACCCUAUUGAGAAUAUGCAGGAUCAAUCAGCACUCGAGAACUCAAUGAAAGUAAAUAAUUCAUCUAUGGUACUUGAAUCUUAAGAGGUGUGCAGAAAUAAAAUGUCUUGUAAAACUCUUUUUUUUUUUUUUUUAAUAACUGUUUGUCAGUGAGAGCUUAGGCUGAUUUAUUUUCUUUGUUCAAAAGAAUUUUCUUUUUCUACAUGCAAUCUCUUUAGAUGUGCCCUAAUUUGUAAACUGAGGAGAUGAAUUGUGAUAUAAUGCUUUCUUUUGGCGUUUUUGAGAAUUGGAACUGAAUUUUGAAGACUUGGUAAA